UUAAGAAUCUUUCCUAAGUUGUUGCAUAUGCUUUGGUAUUUGGAUUAAGUCACCAAAACCAAGGGUUACCCCAAAGUUCAUUUAUUUAUUCAUAUGUAUAUAUAUUCUUACAUGUCAUAGCAUUAGUCACCAGACCCAUAUUUUUGUUUUCUUUGUUUCUUGGUGGCUUCUAUUUUUGUUCUAAUGGAGUGGAUCAGAGGGCCUGCCAUAGGCAGAGGAUCCACCGCCACCGUGUCUCUAGCCACAGCAGUCCCUUCCGGCGAGGUUUUUGCCGUUAAGUCAACUGAGUUAUGUCACUCUAUGUUCUUACAGAGAGAGAAUUAUGUCUUGUCAAAAUUAAGCUGUCCUCACAUUGUUAAGUACAUAGGGUACGAUGUUACGAAUGAAACGAACAACAAGCCGACGUACAAUCUUUGCAUGGAGUACGUCACCGGCGGUACGCUUUCCGAGGAAAUCAAAAAAGUUGGAGGAAGAUUGUGUGAAGAGAGAGUUAGGUUGUAUACGCAACAGAUUUUACAAGGUCUGAGUUAUCUUCACGUUAAUGGGGUGGCACAUUGCGAUAUCAAGAGCCAAAAUAUUUUGAUCGGUAAAGAAGGUGCGAAGAUUGCUGAUCUGGGGUGUGCUAAAUUAAUGGGAAAAGAUGGAGAAAAUCAAGGUUUUGACACGUCAGCAAUUUCCGGUACACCAGCUUUCAUGGCACCGGAGGUGGCACGUGGGGAGGAGCAGGGUUUUGAGGCUGAUAUAUGGGCGCUUGGAUGUACGAUUAUAGAGAUGAGCACUGGGAAUUCGCCAUGGCCGGAGCUGAAUGAUCCAGUGUCGGCUCUGUAUAAGAUUGGAUUUUCAGGCGAGGUACCUGAGAUUCCAAGUUGGUUAUCUGAGAAAGGAAAGGAUUUUCUGGGAAAAUGUUUGAAGAGGGAUUUGAAAGAGAGAUGGACAACUAAAGAAUUGCUUCAACAUCCAUUUUUGGAAGAAUCAGAUACCCUUUUGAAGGAAGUAAAAGAAUCCACCAUGGAUUCUCCAAAUACUGUGCUGGAUCAAGGUUUCUGGGAUUCAUUUAAUGUGGUGGAAAGUCCUAAGAAUUUGAUUCCUAAAGAGAUUUCCAUGAAUUCCCCCACUGAUAGGAUCAAGAAAUUGCUUCAAUCAACUCUGCCACCACCUUCUUCCAAUGCUUCCAAUUGGACAUUCAGUGAAGAUUGGAUGACAGUAAGAAGCGAUAAUAUCACAGAAGAUGACUUUUCAUCUCCAACUGUGUCAUUCAUGGAGUCAUUUGAAGAACAACUUGAAACUGAAACCUCAAUUUUAGAUGAGGAUUUCUUCUCAGUCAAUUCUGCAGAAAACACUAUUUAUUUCAGCAGUACUUUGGUAUUUAACAGUGUAACGGAUGAUUUUUUUGUAUCAGACAAUCUCAAUUUCGAGACAGUUAAUGAAAUUUCUUGUUCUAUUAAUCCAAUGAUCCAACCCCAUCUUUUUCAUAUUCGAAUCAAAUCCCCAUUGUAG